UCCCACCUUCAAAUUCAAUUCAGCUCCUCCUCUGAUCCUCCUCCAAUUUCCAUUUCUAUUUCCAAUCCCCAUUCCUUCCUCUCUCCCGUGUAUAUAAACCCUUCUCCUGUGCACAGCAAGCUCGAUUUCGCUGCAAAAUCACGCCCAGAUCCUUCUUGCUCUCGCUCGCGACAAGCUGAAUUUGCAGCAGUCGGCGGCUUGCCAAGAAACGCGAGGCUGGGAGGAGGGAGGGGCUGACGGAUCGAUUCGAUGGCGGUGACGGGGACGUCGGUGGCGGCUGCGGCGACGAUGCUGGCGGCGGCGGCGGCGAUCUUUAUCACGUUCGUCGUGUGCUUCUACCUCUUCCUGUGCGCCAAGAGGUACCGGGGCGCGGCGCCGACGAUCGGCGGCGGAGGGGGAGGGGAGGGAGGGAGGGGCCGGGCGCGGUUCGUGUUCGGGGGCCCCGGGGAUGGGGGCUGCGGGGGAAGGGGGCUCGACGAGGCGGCCAUCGCGGCUCUGCCAAGGAAGGAGGUGGCCGAGGGGGACCCCGCCGCGGACUGCGCCGUGUGCAUCACGGAGCUCGCCGCCGGGGAGGCCGCCCGCCUUCUGCCGCGGUGCGGCCACGGCUUCCACGUCGAGUGCGUCGACAUGUGGCUCCGGUCGCACUCCACCUGCCCGCUCUGCCGCUGCGCCGUCGUCGACGAGGCCCCGCCGCCGCCCGCGCCGGAGGCCGACGCGGAGUCGCCCAACUUCCCCACCAACGUGCUCUUCUUCGGCUCCCAGGACGCCGUCCGCACCGGCGGCGCCGCGCCGCCGCCGCUGCCCCCGCCGUCCCACCUCCACCACCAGCAGCAACCAGCCAUCCCGCCGCAGCCGUCGGCGGGACCCAUCGCCGGAGUCGCCGCCGUGGUCGAAGCGGCGAGAAUAGCGGCCCUCCGGCGGCUGCUAGGCUGCGGCGGCGCGACACCCCCGCCGGCGCCGGCGCAGUCCGACCGCGACGUGGAGAUGGGUCUCCCCGGCGGCGAGAGCAGCGCAUCGCGGCCGGCGACGAAGCCACAGCCAGGUUCUUGAUGCGAACUGCUGCACUUCCACUCUCUCUCAUCAUCUUCUUCCUCCUCCUCUUCCACUCUUCUCCCUUGAGCCAUUGAGGCAUCAUCGGAAGCAAGUGUACAGAUGAUCCCCAUAUGUAUAACCAACUAUAUAAAUCUACAGUUUAUAGCUACAAGAUUUGGA